UCCUUUCUCAGUAACUGCACCCACCUCCACACCUACACGCACACAGACAAACAAAGCCAAACCCCCCGCCUCGCCUACAUCUCGCGCUCUCCGCCCCCCGCCCGCCUCCACUCUGCAUGGACGCCUCCGCCGGCUCGUCGGCGCCGCACUCGCACGGGAACCCGGGGAAGCAGGGUGGCGGCGGCGGCGGCGGCGGCGGACGGGGGAAGGCCCCGGCGGCGGAGAUCAGGGGUGAGGCGGCGAGGGAUGACGUCUUUUUCGCUGACGAUACCUUCCCGUUGCUCCCGGACUUCCCGUGCCUUUCUUCCCCGUCAAGCUCAACCUUCUCGUCGUCGUCGUCGUCGAACUCGUCCAGCGCUUUCACCACCGCGGCGGGAGGGGGUUGCGGCGGUGAGCCGUCCGAGCCGGCCUCGGCGGCGGACGGGUUUGGUGAGCUCGCCGACAUAGACCAGCUCCUCGACCUCGCGUCGCUGUCCGUCCCGUGGGAGGCCGAGCAGCCGCUGUUCCCGGACGACGUUGGCAUGAUGAUAGAGGACGCCAUGUCCGGGCAACCGCAUCAGGCGGACGACUGUACCGGCGACGGCGAUACGAAGGCGGUGAUGGAGGCGGCCGGGGGAGGAGACGACGCCGGCGACGCAUGCAUGGAGGGGAGUGAUGCGCCCGACGAUCUGCCGGCGUUCUUCAUGGAGUGGCUCACGAGCAACCGUGAGUACAUCUCCGCCGACGACCUCCGCAGCAUCCGCCUCCGCCGAUCCACCAUCGAGGCGGCGGCCGCGCGGCUCGGCGGCGGGCGCCAGGGCACCAUGCAGCUGCUCAAGCUCAUCCUCACCUGGGUGCAGAACCACCACCUCCAGAAGAAGCGCCCCCGCACGGCGAUUGACGACGGCGCCGCGUCGUCGGACCCUCAGCUCCCCAGCCCCGGCGCAAACCCCGGCUACGAGUUCCCCUCCGGUGGCCAGGAGAUGGGCUCCGCCGCCGCCACAUCCUGGAUGCCCUACCAGGCCUUCACGCCGCCAGCCGCGUACGGCGGCGACGCCAUGUACCCAGGCGCCGCCGGCCCGUUCCCUUUCCAGCAGAGCUGCAGCAAGAGCAGCGUGGUCGUGAGCAGCCAGCCGUUCUCCCCGCCGACCGCGGCGGCGGCGGGCGACAUGCAUGCGUCGGGCGGAGGGAACAUGGCCUGGCCGCAGCAAUUCGCGCCGUUCCCCGUCUCCUCCACGAGCUCCUACACCAUGCCGUCGGUCGUGCCACCGCCGUUCACCGCCGGAUUCCCCGGGCAGUACUCCGGCGGCCACGCCAUGUGCUCUCCACGCCUCGCCGGAGUCGAGCCGUCCUCGACAAAGGAGGCCCGGAAGAAGCGGAUGGCGAGGCAGCGCCGCCUCUCCUGCCUGCAGCAGCAACGUAGCCAGCAGCUCAACCUGAGCCAGAUCCACAUCUCCGGCCAUCCACAGGAGCCCUCCCCUCGCGCCGCGCACUCGGCGCCGGUCACCCCGUCGUCGGCCGGCUGCCGGAGCUGGGGCAUCUGGCCGCCGGCGGCCCAGAUCAUCCAGAAUCCCCUAUCAAACAAGCCCAAUCCUCCUCCCGCCACGUCGAAGCAGCCGAAACCCUCGCCGGAGAAACCGAAGCCGAAGCCGCAGGCGGCGGCGACGGCCGGAGCGGAGAGCCUUCAGCGCUCGACGGCUUCAGAGAAGCGGCAGGCGAAGACGGACAAGAACCUGCGGUUCCUGCUGCAGAAGGUGCUGAAGCAGAGCGACGUCGGGAGCCUCGGCCGCAUCGUGCUCCCCAAAAAGGAAGCAGAGGUUCACCUGCCGGAGCUGAAGACGAGGGAUGGUGUCUCCAUCCCCAUGGAAGACAUCGGGACGUCUCAGGUGUGGAACAUGCGGUACCGGUUUUGGCCCAACAACAAAAGCAGGAUGUAUCUUCUCGAAAACACAGGUGAUUUUGUUCGUUCAAACGAGCUGCAGGAGGGUGAUUUCAUUGUGAUCUACUCCGAUAUCAAGUCAGGCAAAUAUCAGCUGAUACGUGGUGUGAAGGUGAGGCGCGCGGCGCAGGAGCAAGGCAACUCGUCGGGGGCGGUAGGUAAGCAUAAGCAUGGCUCGCCGGAGAAACCCGGCGUCUCGUCCAAUACAAAGGCCGCCGGCGCCGAGGACGGCACCGGCGGCGAUGACAGUGCCGAAGCCGCAGCGGCGGCGGCGGCAGGCAAGGCUGACGGCGGCGGCUGCAAGGGCAAGUCCCCGCACGGCGUGCGGCGUUCUCGCCAGGAGGCCGCCGCCGCCGCCUCCAUGAGCCAGAUGGCGGUUAGCAUCUGAAGAAACAGAUGACAGCAGCAGCAGCAAGCUUCAGUCCAUUUGAAGGUUAAUUAUUAGCUAGCUAGCUCCGUAUUAUAACCGAUGGUAAAACCUCCUAAAAAAAUUAAUUAAGUUGUGCAUGUGAAUCGUAGCGCUAGCUAGGGAUGAUAUUUGAUCAGUAACCCGUAGUCCCCGUACCAGUGACGCUUAAGUACGCAUGGUUUGGUUGUUCAUCGUUGAACCCCUGUAGUGUGUCGUCGUCCUGUACAUGCAUCGAAUUAUGGAAUUAAUUAAUUACCUUAAUCGUCGUGUCCAUUGCGGCUAACAAGCAGACAUAGGAUCAUGUUUUUAAUAUAGUUACUACCUUUUUUUUUUUUCUUUCUGCGUGGUUAGCCGAGCAUCUGGUUAGGAUUUACAUGCAUAUUUUGUGUGGAUCUACUAAUACUAGCACAUAAAAAAACCCAUCUCGGCUAGCUAGAGUAUAUAGUAUUAAUUUCGGCAUUUCGGCUGCAUAUGCUAUCAAAAACAUUGACCAUCCCUGCAUGCAUGUGUCUAGAAUAUUACAAGCCUGCACAUGCAUGCAUGGCCAAAUUUCCAUGGACCAAGGAUGCAUGAUCUCAUCAUGACCCGCCCAAGCUGUUUGAGUUUGACUAACCCCUUGCACAGGUUAAUUGAUUCCUGGUGGUGCAUCUCUCCACCUAGCAAGAUUCUUGAUCUGGACGAAAUUAACCAAGCUAAAGUAAAAGAGUAGCCUGUUUGGUGGAGAGCUAGCUGCUUCUGAAUUCUGAUCUCUUGUCUUCGCCUCACUCUGCCAGGCUGGAGCGACGAGAGCGCGCCAUGUGCUAAGGGCUUGUGGAAACAAGGCGAUAUGGCACGCUCGGUUUUAUGAUAAACUAGUUGGCCCCGCUUCGAGGCUCUCUCUCUCUCUCACAACGCCACGUAACCCCGCAUCUUCUCAUCUUAUCUCGGGUUUGAUUGGGAGCUUCUGUCAGCCGUAAUUUCUCGUAGAAUCUCUAGCUACUGAAAUUUUUUUUAAACAGUUCAGAUUUUAAAUUUUUAUCCGGAUUCUAAAAAACUACAGCAGUAGAAUCUAGAAAUUGACACAAAAACUGGAAGCUUGGUUUGUCAGCUUCUCCAAAUUCUUAACUAUACUAACUUCUCAUAAUAUUAAGGGUUUGUUUGGCACAGCUCUAGCUCCAUCUCUCCUGGAGUUAGAGCUCAGCCAAACAGUUUAAGCUCCACUUAAAAUGUGAUCGGAGCUGGGUGGAGUUCUCUCACAAAAUAA